AUGGGAGUCAGACCCACCACUACCAAUGCAUCCCCUACGCAACGGGAAAUGUAUCAAAAAUCGAAUACUUCAUCUCCUUCUCUGGUGGGAUCUCUUAUGAAGACGCUAAAAUCAUCUAACUCAACCAGACGUCAAAGCGCAGGUGAAAAUGCAGAAGGCAGUACCUACGAGGCUUCUCAGAGACCGCAUCGUUUUCUUGCCCGAUCCUCCAGCCAAAACAGUCUUCCUCUCCAUCAUGGUCGUGGUGUUAGCCACAUUCACAUGAGUCCACUCCGGAAAAGCUCUUCUGGUAAUAGCAACACCCAAAAGGAUAGACAACAGCAUUCGCAUAGCCAAAAACGUGACAAGUACUUUACUGAUCUUGAUGAAGACUGGAGUGCUGUAAUUGACGAUUACAACACGCCUAUUCCUAUGACGGCCAAUGGAGGGAUAGAGCUCAAACCACCUGUAAGUGUGGGCUCGAAAAAAGAGCACGUUGACUCUCGAUCGCCAUCUGCUGGGUACCCAAGCUUGCCACAGCUUAAUAAAACCCAAAGCUCGGGUCUCAAAUCUCAGUACGAGCAAGAAAAUGAGCGAGAAUUGCAGGAACUCAAUUCACUCAUGCAUCGCGUAGCAAAGUUCGAUGAAAUUUUACAUCCAUCAAAUGCUACUCGAAUCAAUCUUAGUGAGUUACGCCGCCUCAGUUGGAACGGAAUUCCAAUGAUUCAUCGUCCGCGAGUUUGGAGACUACUGAUAGGAUACGCACCCGCCAAUAUAAAGAGACAGAAUACAUUGUUACAGCGAAAGCGGCAGGAAUAUCGCGACGGAGUGGAGCUGGUCUUCUCAAAGGAACACACGCGAGAUAUACCUACGUGGCAUCAAAUUGAGAUCGACAUUCCAAGAACUAAUCCAUUGAUUCCGUUGUACCAAUUUCCUUUAGUCCAACAAAGCAUGCAAAGAAUUCUGUAUCUUUGGGCCAUUCGGCAUCCGGCGAGCGGCUACGUCCAAGGUAUCAACGAUUUGGUGACACCAUUUUUUCAGACGUUUCUGACCGAGUACCUACAGGCUGGCCAAAAGGACGAUGUUGGCAACAUUAGUCCCGAUACUUAUUUGACGUAUGAACAAUUGGUAGAAGUCGAAGCUGAUUCGUUUUGGUGUCUCACAAAGUUGUUAGAGCAAAUUACAGACAAUUACAUUCACGGACAACCGGGAAUUCUCAAACAAGUCAAGAAUUUAGGCCAGCUGGUUAAGAGAAUUGAUUCCGAUCUGCACGAGCAUUUUGUCCAUGAGAACGUAGAAUUUAUUCAAUUUGCUUUCCGCUGGAUGAACUGUUUACUGAUGAGAGAAUUUAGUAUGUCCAUGGUAAUUCGAAUGUGGGAUACUUACCUAUCAGAAACCUCAUUAGAGUCGACAUCAUCUGCCGCAGCAGAAGGUUCUUCGAUGACGGUAGCGUCAGACACGUCUUUGCAGAGCUCGCCGGUUGGUGCAUUUCGGGAGGUGUCAUCCUCAACUAAUCUGCAAGGCAAGCAUAGCGCUGUACUUACUUCGCAUCAGACCUCGCUAAGUGAGUUCCACGUUUUCGUUUGCGCAGCAUUUCUGGUGAAGUUCAGUGAUCAGCUCAUUAAUAUGGAUUUUCAAGAAACCAUUACUUUUCUACAAAAUCCUCCUACAAAAUCUUGGUCAGAGAGUGAUAUAGAGCUUCUCUUGAGUGAAGCUUACAUCUGGCAAUCACUCUACAAGGAUGCCACGUCCCACUGGCGUUGA